AUGGGCCUGUUCACCACUCUUGGCCUCAGGCGCAGCGUCGAAUGGGACCCGCCGACGCUGCUCGACCAUCUUCUGAGCUCCCCACUCACCUUCAUCGCUAUCCAGCUCUACUACCUCGUCAUCUUCCUCCUCGGCCGGCCCGUCAGUCCCCCCCGAGACAAAGAGCCUAUCCGCGUCGUUUCCAUCUCCGACACCCACGAUCAGACGGUGUCAAUCCCCCCGGGCGACAUUCUCAUCCACGCCGGUGAUCUGACCGAUGCCGGCACCGCCCAUGACAUACAGCUCCAGCUUGACUGGCUCAAGAAGCAGCCUCACCCCGUAAAGAUCGUCAUUGCCGGCAACCAUGAUUCCUAUUUCGACCCGCGGAGCAGGAAGCAGGAGGACAUCGACCAAGCCUCCAAGCUCGACCUCGACGGCAUCACAUAUCUCGAGAACAGUUCGACCGUCGUGGAGAUCAAGGGCCGGAAGCUGAAUGUCUUUGGGGCACCCGAUAUCCCGAAAUGCGGCCCUUCGAGCUUUGCAUUCCAAUACUCUCCAGACGAGUCGAAAUGGAUGAGCAAAGUCCCCCCCAACACCGACAUCUUGAUCACCCAUUGCCCACCUGCGCACCACCGUGAUCUCGACCUCGGCUGCCCCCACCUCCUCCGCGAGGUCUGGCGCAUCAAGCCGCGCCUCCACGUCUUCGGCCACAUCCACUGGGGCGCCGGCAGCGAGCCCGUCCACUACGACGACUUCCAGACCGCCUACGAGCGCAUCCUCUCGCUGCCCCGCCGGGGGCCGAUCCUCGACUUCCUCCCCAACGAGAACUGGUAUCUCUACGGCCACUUCCUUCUCGUCGGCAUCAACAAGCUUAUCUGGGAGUUUCUCGUGCGGGCGCCGAGACCCCAGGAGGCCGGGAUGAUGGUCAACGCGGCUCAGAUGAUCGGGAAUACGGGUAAGACUACGAGCCGAGCGGUUGUUGUAGACUUGUAA